AUGGAUCCCUCGGAGGGCACUGCGGUUCCUUCCAAUAAGUGCAACGCUGCAAUGGAAAGUGUGCGAAAGCUAGAAGAGUUUGAAGCUACCUUGUCUCAUGGAAAAGAUCUCUUUCACUCCACGAGCGAUUUGUUAGCAUAUUCAUUCGGCUCUGAGUGUAUAAAAGAUGUGUGUUUGUCAGCGAUUUCAUGCCCUGAGUAUGAAAAUAGAUGUAAAAAUAUUGCAACGAGAUUAUGCGACUUGGCUAUUUUUGACUUGGAGCCACUGUUUGUUAAAGACAGAACCGCAACAGAUACCUCAUUUUUUAUGGAACAAGUGAAACUUUUCUGGGAAGUAUAUCAACUGAAGAAUGUCCCGAAUUUCUUGCCCUCGGAAAAGCUAUCCUCUUUAGAUGAAAUGCUAAAUAAAUUAGUGCUUCUGCUUUGUGAAACAGGUGUUGACCCGAAAUCACGCAAAAUUUUACCUGCUGACAUAUUACGGCUGGUGGACAAGGAGCAGGAGCCUACAGUCGCGCUGAAAUUUUCUGUGAAACAACUACCUUAUUUUCUGAAGGAUCUUUCCAUGAGUCAUAGUGAUAGUGUUGAGAAUGUUCUAUGUGAAUCUGCGAGCAACAAUGGCCAAUUCGUUCGGCAGAUGAGCGAUGUAUUGGAUAUGAUUUUGGCUGGAAACGUUGACGCUCUGGCUCUACAGGAGUUGAGUAAGAUUGUGAUAGAUGAGAACGAUUGGAUUUUUCCUUGCGAUGAUGUGGUACAACUGACCGUUCGAAUCGUGACGGUCAUGGACACUAUUCUAGCCUGUUCAUCAGAUGUUGUUGCAGCAUUCUUCGCCGCCUUACAAAACUUAUUCUGUUCUUUUCCAGCAAAUGUGAAGGAUCUGGUGAUAAAGCACUUUUAUGAAGCAUGGAUCGCUAAAUUUGGGAAUUGGCCUUCUUUAGGAGAACACUUAAAGAAUUUCGACAUGGAUGUCACGGAGUGUGUUAAUGGAAUAGGUGACCAUGUGGAAAUCCAAAACAAUUUCCCAAAGUUCAAAAAAAUCAGAGACAAGCUUUCAUUUUACCUAUUUGUGAAUCCUUUAUCAACAUUACGUCGAUUGCUCAUACAGACACUGGACAACAAGUUGAUAGUGCCAGGAGUGCUCAACAUUUUACGCCAUUGUAGCGUUCUUUUUGAACAAGAGAUCAAUUCGGAGAACGUCACGCCGCCAUCGAUGUCUGUUCUCACCAGUUGCAUCAUCUUAAACUUCGAAGAAGAGGCCCAUAGGUGGACGAAUACUGAACAGCAAGAUCGCUUGGUCUACCUGUUGUCUUCCCUGUGCCGUAGAAAACGGCGCGAUGCAACAGAGAAGCCUGCAGCAGAUCGUUCUGAAGGGCCUUCUUCAACCGCUGUAGAAUCGUCAAUUAUGAACGCCAAUGUUUUAGUCGCGUUGUUUGUUCUGCCACAUCUUAUGAAAAGGGCUCAUGAGGUUCUCAUGCUCAAACUGCUUCACAGGCUCAUGCAGACCGUUGGCGUCAAAGAAACUCACUUUGAUUGGUCCACAGCCUUAGGGAAAAGCAGUUCAAAGGAAACGCGAACUCCAGAGCUUAUUUUGUUAAUCGUGGAACUUUUCAUGGAGUAUGAACAGAAAAAUCCACAAGCGGCGGACAUCUGCCACUCUCUUCUGAAGACGCUUGGGAAAAAACUAUCGAGUGAAAACGUCGUGUUUGAACCAGAAACUGCAGAUUUCAUUCUUUUUUCGAUGCGACGAUAUCCGUGGUGGGUCAGAUAUGCUGUCUGCGCAUGGUUUUCUCGCACGCUAUCAGAACCCAAACAACAGCUUCCUACCGGACUUUAUAAGUGCUUGGCACUUGAUCAGCAGGAGCAAAGCGAACAAAUCGCUGUAGAUUUCCCGUUUUCACCUGCUGAGUGCUUUUUCCGAUCUUUUUUCGAAUUGGCGUUGUUUGAUGUUGAUUUGGCUUCCGACUUUCUGAAAAAAGAUAUAUCUGUACGACCUCGAGAUGAGAACCUCAUUGAAAAGAUCGCGAUGGCGCUUGUUGAUAGCUGUGGACAAAUGCAUUAUCGGCAGCGCAUUUCUGCUUUGUCACCUCUUUUGUCAGAACUACUACGGGCACUUGAUCCUUCACGAGAGGUUCGACUCAUCGAUUCACUUUGUGAAAGUACAUUUCAUGGCUUAAGACUCAUUCAGCAUCUCUUGGUGUUUGCUGUCGCCACAAAGUUGGCUUAUUUCAAAGUUAGUAAUGCAGCUUCUUUAAAUAGUAACCAUGAAGACGCAUCGGAAUGUAAUGACGCCGAACGUGCACGUGUUGCUGAUGAUCUGCUGCAAGCAUUUUGUGAAUUGACGAAAAGUCAUGUUGAAAAAGAGGUUCUCAAUUUACGCCGGAGCAAACUCCCUUUCCCUCCAGAAAUAAAAGAGGACCUUCAGCCUCCUUGUCAAGUUAUGAUAAAGAGAGAAGAACGGGUUUAUUCCCAAAUAUCUUUACUUUUCAACGUCGCGUGUUCAAUUACUAGACUUGUCAGCAAACCGCCGUUCGCAUUGCAAGUACUGAUUAACUGCUUGGCUGAGUUACUAUAUGAGAUACAGAACAUGAGGUUAGGAACUUUUCUCGAUGAUCUACCUUCGGACCACUUCAAGAGCAACACUGUAUACGUCGUUGCCCACCCAACAGAUAAAAAGCAGACAAAUACUUCAUCACAGACGGGUGAUUCUCUUAGGAAGAAAAUGACGCAUGUUCAAAAUGUUGGAGGAACAAGCUCACGAAGUAAGGCUUGUUGUGCUGAGAACGAGCUAUUUGGCGCUUCUGGAUUACCUAUAUCCGCAAUGGACCCUUUGGCUACAGUAAAGCAGAUUAGUGGGCUCAAUAUGAGACGAAAUGCCGAGAAGCGACUUGUAAGUAGAGGGAGUGCAACAAAUAUGCCGUCACCUGAAGACUCGAGAGAUAACUCAGGUAAAAAUGGCAAGAAAAAGCGUGAUUUCAAACGUCGGUGA